AUGGCGACUGCGUCAGUAGAGUUCCAUAGCUCCGAGUCGAAAGAUCUCUUGAAUUAUUGUGUUUCAGCACCUCCCCCCGUACCCCCUCUGGGCUACCACCCACCAGGGUACGAACUGUUCCCCGGUGUGGGCUACUAUAAGUUUCACACAACUCCGAAGACUUGGGAUGAAGCAAGACGGAUCUGCCAGCAGGAGGGCGGAUAUCUUGUUGUCAUAAAUUCUGAAGCCGAGUCCAAAGUGAUGCAAAAUUUCUUAGAUGGAGCGAGAAAUAUAAAAGGCGCUACCCACAACGACUACGCCUUCGUUGGAUUCCACGACCGAUUCGUUGAAGGCGAAUACCUCACCGUGUUUGGAAAGCCUUUGAGCAGCAUGGGGUUCGCUCGCUGGGCAUCUCUCAAACAGCCCGACAACGCAGGAGGUAAUGAGAACUGUGGAUCAAUCCAUCGGAACGGCGGUUUGAAGGACAUCCCGUGUCCAUGGAAACUUCCAUUCUUCUGCGAAAAGAAGACCUGGUGA